AUGGCGGUUGUGGCUACUGCUGUGGCAUCAAGCCAUGUUUGUAGUGUCUGUGGCUGUGACAGUGGCUCUUGUGGAGAGACUCCAGAACAAAUUCAAGCACCAAGUGGUGUAAUCACGAGCCCAGGCUGGCCUUCUGAAUAUCCUGACAAAAUCAACUGUAGCUGGUUCAUAAGGGCACACCCAGGGGAAAUCAUUACUAUAAGUUUUCAGGAUUUUGAUAUUCAAGGGUCCAGAAGAUGCAGUUUGGACUGGUUAAUGAUAGAAACAUACAAGAAUAUUGAAAGUUACAGAGCUUGUGGUUCCACAAUUUCACCUCCAUAUAUCUCUUCACAAGAUCAUGUCUGGAUCAGGUUUCAUUAGGACGACAGCAUCUCUAGAAAGGGUUUCAGACUGGCAUAUUUUCAGCUGGGGAAACCUGAGGAACCAAACUGUGCUUGUGAUCAGUUUCGUUGUGGUAAUGGAAAGUGUAUACCAGAAGCUUGGAAAUGCAAUAAUAUGGAUGAAUGUGGAGAUAGUUCCGAUGAAGAGAUCUGUGCCAAAGAAGUGAAUCCUCCAACAGCUGCUGCUUUUCAGCCCUGUACUUACAUCCAGUUCCAGUGUCUAUCCCGUUUCACCAAAGUUUACGCUUGCCUCCCUGAAUCCUUAAAAUGUGAUGGGAACAUUGAGUGCCUCAACCUAGAUGAGAUAGACUGUGAUGUGCCAACUUGUGGGCAAUGGUUAAAAUAUUUUUAUGGUACUUUCAAUUCUCCCAAUUAUCCAGACUUUUAUCCUCCUGGAAGCAAUUGCACUUGGUUAAUAGACACUGGUGAUCAUCGUAAAGUCAUUUUGCGCUUCACUGACUUUAAACAUGAUGAUUCUGGUUAUGAUGACUAUGUCAAAAUAUAUGAUGGAUUAGAGGAAAAUCCACACAAGCUUUUGCAUGUGUUAACAACUGCUUUUGAUUGUCAUGUUCCUCUUACAGUUGUUUCUUCUUCUGGACAGAUAAGGGUACAUUUUUGUGCUGAUAAAGUGAACGCUGCAAGGGGAUUUAAUGCUACUUACCAGCUAGAUGGCUUCUGUUUGCCAUGGGAAAUACCCUGCGGAGGUAACUGGGGGUGUUAUACUGAGCAGCAGCGUUGUGAUGGAUAUUGGCAUUGGCCAAAUGGAAGGGAUGAAAUCAAUUGUACCAUGUGCCAAAAGGAAGAAUUUCCAUGUUCCCGAAAUGGUGUGUGUUAUCCUCGUUCUGAUCGCUGCAACUAUCAGAAUCAUUGCUCAAAUGGAUCAGAUGAAAAAAACUGCUUUUUUUGCCAGCCAGGAAAUUUUCAUUGUAAAAAUAAUCGUUGUGUGUUGGCAAGCUGGGUAUGUGAUUCGCAGGAUGACCGUGGUGACGGGAGCGAUGAGGAGAACUGCCCAGUAAUUGUGCCUACCAGAGUCAUAACUGCAGCUGUCACAGGGAGCCUUAUUUGUGGCUUGUUACUCGUCAUUGCACUGGGAUGUACUUGUAAGCUUUAUUCUCUGAGAAUGUUUGAAAGAAGGUCUUUUGAAACACAGUUGUCAAGAGUGGAAGCAGAAUUGUUAAGAAGAGAAGCCCCUCCCUCUUAUGGACAAUUGAUCGCUCAGGGUUUAAUACCACCAGUUGAAGAUUUUCCUGUUUGUUCACCUAAUCAGCCUUCUGUUUUGGAAAAUCUGAUGCUAGCUGUACGAUCUCAACUUGGAUUUACCUCAAUCAGACUUCCUGCAGGCAGAUCCAGCAACAUUUGACAUUGUAUUUUGAAUUUUGCAAGAUCACGUCAUUCGGGGUCAUUGGCUUUGGUCUCAGCAGAUGGAGAUGAGGUUGUCCCUAGUCAGAGUACCAGCAGAGAAUCUGAAAGAAGUCAUACUCACAGAAGUUUGUUUUCCAUGGAGGCUGAUGAUACAGACACAGAAAAUGAGAGAAGAGAUGAGGCAGGAGCAUCUGGUGGCAUUGCAGCUCCUUUGCCCAAAAUCCCUCCCACAACAGCAGUAGAAGCAGCAAUAGGAGCAUGUGGAAGUUCCUCAACUCAGACUACUCGAGGUGGUCAUGUGGAUAAUGGAAGGGAGGUGACAAGUGUGGAACCCCCAAGUGUGAGUCCAGCAAGUCACCAGCUUACAAGCAUGCUAAGUCGUGUGACUCAAGGGCUGCGUUGGGUAUGUUUUACAUUAGGGUGAUCAAGCUCCAUAAAUCAGAACCAGAGUCCUUUGAGACAACUUGAUAAUGGGGUAAACGGAAGAGAAGAUGAUGAUGUUGAAAUGCUAAUUCCAGUUGCUGACGGAGCUUCAGACUUUGAUGUGAAUGACUGCUCCAGACCUCUUCUUGAUCUUGCCUCAGAUCAAGGACAAGGGUUUAGACAGCAAUAUAGUGCAACAAACCCUGGAGUAAGGCCAAGUAAUCGAGAUGGCCCCUGUGAACGCUGUGGAAUUGUCCACACUGCCCAGAUACCACACACUUGCUUAGAAGCAACAAUGAAAAAUGAAACGAGUGAUGAUGAGGCUUUGUUACUUUGUUAGGUACGAAUCACAUAA